AUGGAUAAGCUGCACGAAGAGAACCAUGCGAGGGACAAGACGCGCCACCAGCCACACACGGGUAAUCCAGGCACUGCCUCGUCUUCGUCAUCUUCAUCGGCGUCGUCGUCAAGCGUAGGGUCGAUUGUGGGGGAGCGGGGCCGAAGCGAAAUGUGUGGCACAUCGAGUUCGGCCUCGUCCAGCGCGGCCGCGCUACGAACAACUAUCCCCACCAGACCCAAGAAGGAGAGCAGCAAGGACAAGAAAAAGAAGAAACCGAAGCUAGACAGCGCGAUGGUGGCCCUCCUCAAUCACAAGACUUCACAUUCCACCAUAGCUGGCAGCUCUACCUCUUCUACUUCUUCCUCCUCCUCAAGCAACGGCUCUACGGGCUCGUUGCUGAUCCCCCUCACCAAAUCGCUUUGCAGCUCGACCACAGGGGCAGGCGACACCAGCCCUCGCAAGAAAUCAACGACGCCGCCACCAGUGGUCAAGGCGGCCACCGUGGCGGUAGCUGGCGGCUCGGCGCUUCCCAUCCCCAACUUCCACAAGCGGACGGCGUCGAUCUCGACGCUGCCGGAGGAGCUGGUGGUGAAGAUCCUGUCCUACCUGCCCCACUUCCCCGGCCUCACGCGGUGCUCCACGGUCAACAAGAAGUGGCACCGACUCUCCACCUCGGAGGAACUCUGGCGGCAGGUCUAUCUCGGAGAGUACGAGAAAAUAGCGAGCGAUAGACUGGUGGUGUGGAUUGCAGCUCUCAACCCGGGGCUGGAGGUUAGCGAUGUCGGUCUCACCGCUGCGCUUGGAAGGUGUUCUAACCUGCGAGAGCUGCAUCUGGAGGACCUGGAGAGGCAGUUCAGCUCCCGUGCUCUGCUGAUGAUCGGCAAACUGUGCCCGAGCCUCCACACGCUCGUGUUGCCCGGCAUUCUGGAGCAUCCCGACGAGGUCAUCGAGCCCAUCAUCACCUACCUCCCUCAGCUCAGGGUAUUCAAGAGCUUCUCGCAGUUCACAGACUCCACAUUCAAGUGCCUCGCCGAAAGGUGCAAGAGUCUCCAGAAGCUGCGCUUCGGCACAACAACCAAAUCGACGAUACUGACGCAGCCGGCGGUGAGAUAUCUUACCGCCUGCGAGAACCUGCAGUCACUCGAAUGUGGUUAUUUCAGCCUGGGCGAGAGGGACUGGGGCAAGAAACCGCUGGCCAACUUUCGUGCUCUGCGUGCCUUUGGCGGAGCGGAGCUUGGCGAGGGAAUGCUCAUGGACUCCUUUAGGCUGCAGAGUAUCGGCCAGUAUUGCCCCUCCAUCCGCGACAUCAACCUCUGCGACACGCCCUUCUGCGAAAACGACGUUCAGGUGCUGGUCAAGGAGUGCAAGAACCUGAGGGAGCUGCGAGUGGGCAUGAAGAGCAACCCCGGCACGCGGUACGAGAUCACGGACUCGUGGGUGUACCAGGUCAUCAACUUCUCGACCAAGAUCGAAGUGCUCAAGAUCUACCACGCGGACAUCCGCACCGACACGGUCUCGAUGCUCACCCGCGGCUGCAAGAAGCUGCGCUCUCUCACACUCGGGCGCUGCUCGCCCGUCACGGUCCUUUCGUCUCACUUGGAAACGCUACCCACGCUGCAGAAGCUGUCGCUGCGUAAUACGCCGACCAACGAUUCAGCACUGCAGAUGCUGAUGUCGGCAUUCCCGAAUCUGCAGACGCUCACCCUCAUCGAAACGGGCGUGAGCGAUGCUCUCAUCGGCUACAUUAUCGGUCGCUAUCGCCUCAAUUCCAUCAAGUUGCAGCCUCGUGCCCGGCUUACCUCCACGGGCAAAAUACUGUACAAGGGCGGCAGGCGUGGCCGAUUCGCCAAGAAGAAGACUCUGACGGAUCAGGAGCGCCUGUUCCUCAACCUCUUCCAGACGCAAACGCGCACCGAGACCAUCAUACGCAAGGAGGGUCCCUCGUGGGAGGCGGGUAGUGGCAUCUACAGUCCCGGUCGUGGCAAGAAUGAGUCCUAA